CAUCCCGGGGUUCCUCCGAGCACCUUCACAGUCCUCGUCGACGUCACUAGCGAGCAUUCAACUCGAUCGACCUCGAUCAUGCUCAUGGGGUCUUAUCGAUCACCUCCGGGACGUUCAUGUCCGUUCUGUUCUCGUUAAAGUCGCUAACCAGGAGCUGUCCUGUGUAAAUCAUGGCCGCUGAUCUCCCCGUGCCAGUAUACACCUCUCUCUCCGACGUCUACCCCGACCUCCUCCUCGCCGCAAAGCAUGGUGCCCGCUUCAAUGACCUCGCGUCAGAGUUCGAGUCGCGUUUCGGCUCCCAGCCCGCCUACAUCGCCCGUGCCCCCGGUCGUGUCAACUUGAUCGGCGAGCACAUCGACUAUGCCCUCUUUGGCGUCUUCCCCGCUGCCAUUGAGCAAGACAUCCUCAUCGCGUGUGGUCCCCGCUCCUCCUCUCCCACUACGCCUGAACCGUCUUCACCUGGCACCGUCACCGCACAGAACACCUUUCCAAAAUACACCCCGCAGACAUUUACUCCCAUGCUACGCGUGGUCUCACAGGCUCAGGACCAAGCUCAAGACGAGAUGCUCGACAAGGAUGUCAGAGUCCAGGAUUGGCAUCUGGACAUUGACAAGAGCCAGUUGAGGUGGGAGAGUUAUGUCAAAGCUGGCUACUAUGGCGUUCUCAACCGUUUCUUCACCUCUUCCGAUGAAUACCCCGUGCCCGUCAACAUCCUCGUCUCUGGCAACGUUCCUGCCGGCUCCGGUCUCUCCAGCUCCGCUGCCAUGGUCGUCGCUUCCACCCUCGCCUUCCUCGCAGUCAACCACAAACUCGACGGUGUCAAGAAGGGCGCUUUAGUCCAGAUGGCCGUCGAGAAUGAGAAGCGAGUCGGUGUGAAUAGCGGUGGAAUGGACCAAGCAGCCUCUAUCCUCUCCACCCCCAACUCCGCACUCUACAUCACCUUCUAUCCCUCCCUCUCUGCCGAACUCGUCUCACUUCCUCAAGCGACCAAAGCCGGUGAAGGCGUCGUACUGGUGUGUGCGAAUUCGUUAGUGGUCAGCGAUAAAGUCGUAGAAGUCACACGGCUGUCCCGACGUACUGACUUCGCUCAUUUCCCAGGUGCAAAAACGCGAUAUAACCUUCGAGUCGUAGAAACACUCGUCGCAGCUCGCGUUCUUUCACGCAAACUGAAUCUCACGCUUCCACCUUCUUCCACCUCCAACAAACCUCCGACCCUGAGAGAAGUCUUGAGCGCGUACAUUGGACGACCAGAGCCGAUCGCUGCGGACGCGUUGAAGGAAGGGUUGGAGAGGAUCCUUGCGGAGAUACAUGUCCUCAAAGCUAGUGCUCUACGAGGUGAAAUUGGAAUCGUAGGUAAUGAGGAUGAGGAUGAGGGUGUCACGAUGGAAGAGAUGAUUUCUGCGAGUGGGUUGGGCGAAGACGAGUUCAAAAGAAUUUACUUGAGCUGGGUCGACGUCGAAGCGACACGUUUCCAAUUGUACAAACGCACGAAACACAUACUCACCGAAGCCCUUCGCGUCCUUCAAUUCCGUGAACUCUGUCUCGCUUCUACCACACAUUCCAUUUCCAUCCUUCCUACCACCACCUCCACUAGUUCCUCAUCACCCCCUUCAAGUUCGACGUCAUCAUCAUCAACAUCGACGGAGGCGUUCAAGGCACUAGGCGCCCUGAUGAACGCUUCGCACGAUUCUUGUUCACGAUUAUACGAAUGUUCGUGUCCUGAAUUGGACGAGCUGACUCAGAUCGCGAGGGAGAGCGGGGCUUAUGGCAGUCGGUUAACAGGUAAAGUUCAUUGUUUGUCUCGUGUCUCGUUCUCUAUGUCCCGUUUCCUACUAUUCUCCAUUUUUUUUGUCUUUCUCUCACUUUGCAUGCAUCUCACCGAGUUGACUUCCAAACCCAUCCUACUCAUCUCUUCCCUUCUCUUCCAACUUUCGACUUUCACAAUCAAAUCUAACCCACUCGCGUUAUAUCAAUUAUCUCCAGGUGCAGGAUGGGGCGGAUGUUCGGUCUCACUCGUACCCGAAUCCCAAGUGGAUACGUUCAUCGCCAAAGUCCGGUCUCGAUAUCCCAAAUUUAGAGGCUUGGAAGGCGAUGCGUUGAACGAGGUGAUAUUCGCGACUAAACCUGGUGUUGGUGCUUUUGGUAGGUUUCCUCUUGCCUAUUCUUUCUUGGAUUGCGGAGGAGAGAUUUUUACUGAUAUGUGCCAUCAUUUUUUGUAGUAUUUGAAUUGACAGAUUGAGAAAAUGGACAAAGUAUACCCUGCAAAGAGAAGGGUGUGAAGGAAAAUGAAAAGACAUUGAGUCGGAGAGUUGAAUGGGUCAGCAAACUAAAUGACUAUUGAAAUAUGUAUAUGUAUAUAUGUUAUAUGUAUAUUGUAUCAGUAUAUGCAUCUGAGAUGAUAUCUUGAGGUGGAGAAUCUAUUCCUGCAGUCAGACC